AUGGGGACCAGCUGUGGAUAUUCAGGUGGGUGCUGGGGGGGCAUCUUCUAAAACACUGUAUUAUUAAUCCACAUGCUGUGCCUUGGCCUUUAAAACAGACUCUAGAGUAGAGACCUACCGUAGUUUAACAAACACACAUUGCAGAAGAUUCCCCACCCCCAUUCAGUGAGUCGUUACUGUAUCUUUAAGAUGAAUAUACUCUCCUGAUGCCUCAGCCAUUGUUUAUUAGCACAUUUUAUCUCCUUUAUUCAAGCCUCUGUUGAUGUUUAAAACCUGUUUUUAAACCUGUCUUCUCUUUUCUCCCUCCCCUCCCCUGACUUCAUGCAAUUCCAGGAUUGUGAUGUGGCACAACAAAUCUUCCAAAGAGGGCUGAUAGUGAUGACAGCAUUACAUUUUUACAUAUACUGUAUAUGAAGAUAUACACAUAUACAGAGAGAGAAAAUUAUACAUGGAAUUAUGGCUUUUGGUGUGGAAAGCAGCUAUAAAAUACGUAUUUGAACAAUGCCAGUUAGGUUUACGUGGUUUCAAACUACCUGCUGCUAUUAAACACUAAAACAGAUUUUUCUCUUUACCUGUAUUCACUGUCCCAUAGGUAAUUAUGUAGCAUUUCCUGAAGUAGUUACGCAAGUUCUGCUCUGGGGGCUUUGCUGGCAAUGGGAGUUUAUUGACCAAUUGGAUGUUUUGCAGAUAAGACAGGCGGAAGGAAGAGCUGCUGCCACUACUGUGUGGUGUUAUAAACCUCACCACUUUCACAUCCUAUCUAAAUUGCCAGACAGCUGCUCUUGGGGGGUUCCUGCCCUCCAUGACCAGAGGCUGGAUCUACAGUGCAUUGAUGGCACAGCGCAAGUAUGAAUGUUACUGAAGAUGUCACUUGAUAUUUUUAUGUAAAAUAUUUGAAUACUACAAUUCCAUUAAGUAUAUCCAGAGUAGUUUGGUAUUAAGAUUAUCCUGCUUGCUUGCCAUGGUAUCUAAGAUGGUACGGUGCUACAAGCAAAAUCCCAGCUCAUUGAGCACCAGCUGGAGGAAAAGGCCCGUGAAAUAAAAGCUGGCCAUAAACAUUGUUUGUCCCCUCUCUGCACACGUAUUAAUCAGAGCUGAGGGAAAAUAGGUUGUCACAAAACAAAUCUGAGUUUCUUUCCCUUACCAGACACAAUCCUCCUGUUCUUUGGGAUGUUAA